AAGUCCGCGGCGAAGUUGGCCCAGGCAGCGUCGCGCUCCCGCCACUUUGCGCCUGCUGUCCCAGCUCACCGAUCUCACGCACUAGUGUCAGGACAGACUCGCCCACGAGUUCUUCUCAGGAUCGGAACAUCAAUUAACAUCUGACCACUGCCAGCCCACUCCCUCACACACACGUGGAUCACAGCUCUGGGCUCCAGAGAGAAAGCAGGUCUCGGGUGAACAAUGAUUUCAGCAUUCUUAUUAUUGGCCAUUGGGACCUGUCUUACCAACUCCUUUGUGCCAGAGAAAGAGAAAGACCCUGAGUACUGGCGACGCCAAGCUCAACAGACCCUGAAACAUGCCCUUGGGCUUCAGAAGCUCAACACAAACGUGGCCAAGAAUGUCAUCAUGUUCCUGGGAGAUGGGAUGGGUGUCUCUACAGUGACAGCCGCCCGCAUCCUCAAGGGCCAGCUCCACCACAACCCUGGGGAGGAGACCAAGCUGGAGAUGGACAAAUUCCCCUUUGUGGCCCUCUCUAAGACAUACAAUACCAAUGCCCAGGUCCCUGACAGCGCGGGCACCGCCACCGCCUACCUGUGUGGAGUGAAGGCCAACGAGGGCACUGUGGGGGUGAGCGCAGCCACAGAGCGCACCCAGUGCAACACCACGCAGGGCAACGAGGUCACCUCCAUCCUGCGCUGGGCCAAGGAUGCUGGGAAAUCUGUGGGCAUCGUGACCACCACGAGAGUGAACCAUGCCACGCCCAGCGCUGCUUAUGCCCACUCGGCUGAUCGAGACUGGUACUCGGACAACGAGAUGCCCCCAGAGGCCCUGAGCCAGGGCUGCAAGGACAUCGCCUACCAGCUCAUGCACAACAUCAAGAACAUUGAUGUGAUCAUGGGAGGUGGUCGGAAGUACAUGUACCCCAAGAACAGAACUGACGUGGAAUAUGAGACGGAUGAGAAGGCCCGGGGCACGAGGCUGGACGGCCUUAACCUCAUUGAUGUCUGGAAGAGCUUUAAACCGAAACGCAAGCACUCCCACUUUGUCUGGAACCGCACAGAGCUGAUGAACCUUAACCCCAAUACCGUGGACUACCUCUUGGGCCUCUUCGAGCCUGGAGACAUGCAAUACGAGCUGAACAGAAACAACCUGACCGACCCGUCACUCUCUGAGAUGGUGAAGGUGGCCAUCCAGGUCCUGAAGAAGAACCCCAAAGGCUUUUUCUUGCUGGUGGAAGGAGGCAGGAUUGACCAUGGGCACCAUGAAGGCAAAGCCAAGCAGGCGCUGCACGAGGCGGUAGAGAUGGAUCGGGCCAUCGGACAAGCAGGCAACAUGACCUCCCUGGAGGACACGCUGACUGUGGUCACUGCUGACCACUCCCAUGUCUUCACCUUUGGCGGGUACACCCCCCGUGGCAAUUCUAUCUUUGGUCUGGCCCCCAUGGUGAGUGAUACGGACAAGAAGCCAUUCACUGCCAUCUUGUAUGGCAAUGGACCUGGCUACAAGGUGGUAGAUGGUGAGCGAGAGAACGUCUCCACAGUGGACUAUGCUAACAACAACUAUCAGGCGCAGUCUGCCGUGCCCCUGCGUCACGAGACCCACGGUGGGGAAGAUGUAGCUGUCUUCGCCAAGGGACCCAUGGCCCACCUGCUGCAUGGGGUCCACGAGCAGAAUUACAUCCCCCACGUGAUGGCUUAUGCGUCCUGUGUCGGAGCUAACCUGGACCACUGUACCCAUGCCAGCGCGGCGGGUAGCCCUGCUUUGGUCCCCCUGCUGCUCUCGCUGGCCCUACUACCCCUGAGCAGCCUGUUCUGAGGGCCCAGCACCUGGGCACCGUGAGCCCAUGACAGAUGCCAACUUUCCACUCUUGGUGCUGCCCUCUGCCCGCAGCCCACACCUCAGGGGGCAGGGAGGCGGAGGCCCGCACAGCCUCUGCAGCUGCCAGAAUGGGGACCCAGGAAACCAAAGCCUGCUGCCCACCUCACUCCUCUCUGGAAUCCUCCACAGUGCCCAGACCAAUUCCUGGCCUCAGGCCUCUGCUCCCUCCCUGCUGCCCGCUGGCCAACAGGGUAGGCUUCUCUUGGGCAGGCAGAGAGCACAGACUGCAGAAAUUCUCAAAGCAUCUUAUUUUUCUAGCAAACAUACUUCUCCAGACCCAGAGGCCCUGCAGCCUCCAUGGAACAUUCCGGAUCUGACCCUCCCACUUCCUUCUCCUUCCCUCUGGAACCCACCAGGCCCUCCCAUGUCCAUGUUCCUGUCCCCAGGCCCAGUCUUCCCUCCAAGGGAGAUUGGUUCUCUCUCCUCAGGACACGGGUGCGCUCACUCCAAGGCCACCAGGGCUCCCAGGAAGCUCUGUCUUCAGAGCUUCUAGCUUCCAGCUCUUGGAUCUGACCGUCAGUCCCAGGGUGGCCUGGGCUGGGAAAAGCAGCCUGGCAGGGCUGACACUUCCCAGCUCUGAACACACAUGCCAGCUCCUCUCUGAAGUGACUCCUGUUUGGAACAGCAAAAAAAAUUUUUUUUCUCUUUUUGGUGGUGGUUAAAAGGAACACAAAACAUUUAAAUAAAACUUUCCAAAUAUUUCUGAGGACAGAACUGAGUCUUUG